AUUCUCGCUGAGAUGUCGUUCAAACUCGUUCUCCUAACCAGCCUCCUGGCAGUCACCCAAGCGACUCCCUUUCUCGGAUUCGACCCCCUGAUCACCGGUGGUCAAGCCGCCCGGAAGGCCGAGUUUCCUUACCUGGUCUCUCUGCAGCGGGGAGAUCCGCCGAACGUCGCCCACUUCUGCGCCGGUAGCAUCAUCAAGCCCAAGUGGAUCUUGACAGCUGGUCACUGCGUCACGGUCAUACCAGCUGGCGGUACUCUGAUCAUCAAGGCUGGCAAAUAUCUGAUCAAGCAAGUCGAGAAGGACGAGCAGGUCGUCGAGGUCAACCGAACCAUCGUGCACGAGAAGUACCCGGGAAACGUGGCCCCGAACGACAUAGCGCUGAUAAAGCUCAAGACGCCCCUGAAGUUCAACGCCAACGUCGCGGCUAUCAAGCUCCCGGAGGCCAACAGCCAGCCGACCGGCGUCUUCACGUUCACCGGCUGGGGUUCGGUAUCGCUCAACAGCAAGCCGUCCUACCCCAACGUCCUGCAGAAGGUCGACGUGACCCUCGUCGAUCUGUACACGUGUAAGCUGUCCAUCGAGAGGAUCACCGGCUCGGCGCCGCUCGACCAGGGCAACAUGUGCACCGGACCACUCAGCGGUGGAAUUUCUGCCUGCAGUCGCGAUUCGGGCGGGCCCUUGAUCGGCCGUGACAGAAACGGCACGGUCGAGCUCGUCGGGGUAAGUUCAUGGGGAGUAGAGCCCUGUGGGUUGCGCGGAGCGCCGUCGGUCCACGUCAAGGUGUCCUCGUACAUCGAUUGGAUAAACAAACACAUCGGCAAGCACUGCUGAAUGCCAGUGUAAAAUGAAAUAAAAUUUUUUGUAU